UACCGGAAGCGUCAUCUGUGUUAUUUGAGGCUGCUAACCCGUCGGUCUCCGGCCUCGGACAAAUUCGGUAACAGUCGGUGGAUUAAAUCGGUAGAUUUAACAGUCAGUUUGUGUCUCUCCGUCGGAUAUAAACGGCUUCUAUCCCUUCUGUGAUCCCGUGUUGACUUUAAAAUGGCGGCUGUUGACGGCUUCAGCAGCUUGGAGCCCUGAAACACUUUGCUCGCUCUGCUCACCAUGUGAACAGAAACCAGCUGGGAAUCGGAUAGCAAGCAGGUCCAGGACCAGUCAGUACCUGGUCAGUCACCAGGUGCAGAGUGUCAGGGUGGCUGUGGUCUCGUCCCGGUGGAGGAGCUGGCUGAUGGAGAGUGACUGUCGGAUCCCCGUGGCCUGUUGUCGGCCUCGAGUCCUCGUUCUCCACGCUCUGUUCUGGGGCCUCGUCUCCCUCAGAGUGUUUGGAGCGGCUCUGCUGAGUGAUGAGAAAACUUCAGUGACUGCAGUGAAGCCGGAGGUCGCCCCCUGUUGGCUGCUGGAGGAGUUCGUGGUCACCACAGAGUGUUCGCAGUGUAACGCCUUCCAGACUAGGUCGUGGUCGGCGUGUGGGCCGACGGGAUACGUGGAAAGAGUCAACUGCACUCGAUCCAACAGAGACGAGCACAAAAGCUGUCGUUCGACCGUGAUGGAGGAACACCUCUUCUGGAAGUUCGAGGGAGCCAUGUUGGCUUUGACGGCCGUCUUUGCCAUCCUGGUGGUCAUCCGUCAACGCUGGCUCGACCGCCUCGCCUCAGAGAAAGUCCGCCGUCAGAUUGAGUCCAUCUAGGACAGCAGGGACUCCUGCACCAGGACCAAGUGUGGGUUUUUUUUAUGCUGCAGCAGUAUUUUAACAGCAGGUGGAGUUUGAAGUGCCCUGACACUGAAGAUUCGCUGAGGCCCAUCAGGGAUCAGGACUAAACAGAACCGGACUGUGUGUUGUUUAGAAACAGAACAACAAGCAGCAAACUUUUCUUAGCUGUUUGAAAUCGGAAAGCUGAGAGUGAACUGGUGGAAGUUUAACUGACAUGUUUAUUUAAGCAAGCACAAAUGAAGCUGAAAUCAGAAGAUGAAAUUGUUCACUUGUUUGAGUCAAAUCUAACUUUGAUGCUGAAAGGGAAAAGAGUGAAGCAGUGAGUCAGAGUUCACCCUUGUUUGUAACCUACACCAGUCUGAACUGGAUCAGAACUGGACCUCAGCAAUCCUGGUUCGGGUCUGAAAGACGAGACAUUCGCUUCACUCUUCAGCGUCAGAUGAUGUGCUGAAACUUGAAUACAGACUGAGCUGUGGACCACGAGGUCUAAACAGAUGGAGCCACGUGGAGACAAAAUAUUGAUCUGAUGUCCAGUGAAAACCACGAGUUUUUACUUCGGACAUGCAUGGUUUUCCUCACUUUGACUGUUGUGCUGUUGUUCAGAAUCUGAAUUAAAUUCUUGGCGACGGGAGUCAGAGUGAGUGCAGCAAAUUGUUAAAACUUAUUCCUGAAGGAAUGAAAAACAAGUCCCUCAGAUUUAACUGGACAGUUUGGAAAUCCUUCAGUUGAUUGGUUGGCUUCACCUCUCGCUGGCCUCUGAUUGGUCCCUGCUCCAGAGCGUGAAACUAAUGUGACAGAAGUUUGUGGAAAAAUCUGAAAUCAUUCAAAUGUUCUCAUUGGUCAAAACUGCUGUUUCUUCUUUUGCUACUUAAAAAUGUUGAAUUCAGCAGCCAAUAGUCAAAUGUUUGAGUGUCUUUGAACGCAGCAAAUGGUUUUAUUGUUAUUUUUUGACUGUAAAUGCUUUAGUUUUCUGUGAAGUUUCAGACAAAAUAAACUAAGAUAAAAUAA